UCGUAGUGUGAAGAGUGUCCUCUUAGUUCACUCCUUGACGUCCUUGUUUUGCUCCAACUCUAUAACCGUUUCUGCCUAAGAAGCAGUAACGUCUGCAAAAGAAUCAUUUAUUCUUAAUUACAUUUGUAAAUAAUUUUUCGAGCGUGAUGAUGAAUAAUCAACAUGGUAAAGACUAUACUUGUGCUAGUGGUGUUAUUAACAGAACUUCUUAGUAAACUCUCAGGUCAUCCCUUGCUUUUGAUAUCAACAACAAGAGAUGUUCGUGUUGUUGAUGCAGAAAAACCAGAUGGCCAGCCUCUCAACUCUCCUAUUUCAAAGUUUAUUGAGCCUGAGGCCCAUGUGUAUUUGGACUAUCACUUCAACAAGAAACUCAUCUGUUGGACUGAUGUGCUCCAGCAAACUCUACAGUGUGUUCAGCAAACCACUUCUGAGCCUCUUAGAACAUUGUUUGUGCAAGAGGUAGCAGGACCUGAAGGUAUUGCAGUGGACUGGGUGAGCAAUGUAGUAUACUGGGCUGACAGUAAGAGGGAGCAAGUGGAAGUUGUUGCACUCCAGCCUCCACACCACCGGCGCAUCCUCUACUGGCAGGACUUGGCACACAUCAAUGCUAUUUGUGUAGCUCCACUCAAUGGCUUGCUGUUUUGGAGCAUUGGUGAGAAGGCAGCUCGUAUUGAAGUCGCCAGCAUGUCUGGUAGUGACGAAAAUUACAGUGAGAAAGACUCGCUGGUUCGUCGCACUCUCGUGUCACGCAAUAUUGUAUGGCCCAAUGGCCUUACUCUUGACACAGAGCAAUGCUUGGUCUACUGGGCCGAUGCCAGCAAAGAUAAACCAGCCAUUGAGGCCAUUUCCUUUGAUGGUCUCAAUCGAAGAACAAUUCUGGGUUCAGGCUUGCAACAUCCUUUUGCUCUCAGUCUUUACCAAGGAACACUUUUCUGGACCGACUGGGAAACUCAGCUCAUUCACUCGUGCUCGAUAGGAAGAAAGGGUGUCUGCAACCCUUCUCGGACCGUCAGCAAAACAAAGUCUACUAAGUAUGUUCGCGUGUAUGAAGAGGAUCUUCAAAGAAUUUAUAAUUGCAAUUCCACAUCUUCAUCUUGCGCUGGAAAAGAAGAGGAAAUUUUUUCUCCUUGCACCGGUGUGCCUUGCUCCCAUAUGUGCCUUUUAACAUCCGUGGGUCUGGUGUCUCAUGAGCAUCAGUCUCCAAAUUCCAACAACAUCAGUGUAUUAGAAGACGAUCCUGGGUCUACAGACCAAAGUGCUCCAAUAUGUUUAAGUCGUGCUAGGGCGCAGUGCGCAUGCCCAACAGGAGUUACCUUGAAGGACGCAUUCACCUGCAAUGACGGUCCCUCAACUUACCUAUUGCUUGCUAGAGCCACUGGCCUCUACACCGUCAGUCUUGACACUGCACAACACUGGGUUUUGCCUCUGGAUCCUCUCGGUACCUACAAUGCUACAAAAAAAGCAGCCACGAGCAUUGACUACGAUCCUGCUGAGCAAGAAAUUCUUUGGGUGGAUAGCGAGAACGCAGCAGUGAGAGCCACGCGCCGCAAUAGCAGCACGGGAGCCCUCACCACGCGCACGGUGAUGACCAACGUCUCCAGCUCUCCAGGUUUCGCUCUUGACACCCGCGGUCGCAAUUUCUACUGGACUGACGAAAACAGACGCUGCAUUUUCGCUGCCUCCAUGGACGGCUCGGCACGAAUGGCCAUUGUGUGGACGUACUUGGAGCGUCCACGGGCCAUCAUCGUCCACGCAUCGCACUCUCUGCUGCUAUGGACGGACUGGGGCGACGAGCCUAAGAUCGAGCGCUCUGACCUAGACGGCGGCGGCAGGACGGCCAUCGUAACCGAGGACAUCAUCUGGCCCAACGCCUUGGCUGUGGACGACUCGUACCUCUACUGGGCCGAUGGAAAUACCAACAAGAUAGAGUGCUCCCGCCUGGACGGCAGUAUGCGACGUACCGUCCUGGGAGAAGGUGCGCAUCGCUUCUCCUCCCUCACUCUGCUGCACGACGUUCUUUAUUGGGUUGAUUCAAGCCAGAGAAGCGUGGGCAGCGUUAGAGUUGAUGGGAGCAACUCGCAUGAGCUGCUGCGUAAUGUUGCAGGCAUUUUCGAUAUCAAGGCGGUGCAGCGGGAGCAAGCAUUGCCUACCGGUGAAGACCGCUCCACAGCGGGCAGCAGCACCGGUACCAGCACUAGCAGCAGCACCAGCACCGGUACCAGCAUCACCAGCAGCAGCAGCACCAGCGCGCCGUGCGCGGACAACAAGGCUGGGUGCUCGCACCUCUGCUUCCACUCCGCUACCGCCCCCGGGGGAUACACCUGCCGGUGUCCCUCCAACUUGGAGCUGAGCAGCGACGGACAUACCUGCCUUCCUCGGCCGCCGUCAGGAGGCGCGUUCCUGCUCUACUGUGGCAGCAAAGGCGGAGGCGUCCAUCGCCUCAGUCUCAGCGCCCCCUACCGCUCCCAGCCUCUGCCUCUGACGCCUUUCUCCGCCUGCGGGAGCGUGGCAUACGACCCAGUUUCUGGGACAGUGUACCGCACGGACCCACGAAGCAAGCUCAUCAGCAGGGCCAGGCUGGACGGCAGCGACAGCGUCGUCGUCGCCAAGUACGGCCUCAUGCUGCCCAAAGCCGUCGCUGUGGACGCCUUAAAUAGGAACCUAUACUGGAUUGACAUGUUACUAAAUAGGCUGGAAGUGUCUCGCCUGGAUGGAUCAUCGCGACGAGUUCUGCUGUGGCGACAUCUGCACAACCCUUCCAGCAUCACCAUCGACGCCGCCGGCCGCGCGCUCUAUUGGUCCGAGCUCGGCAGCUCCUCUGGCGUGAUCAAGAGGUCGGGGCUUGACGGGUCAGAUGUGCGCGAGAUCAUCACCGGCCUCGGCAACAACGUUGCCCUCACCGUCAGCAGAGCGAGAGAACCACCAUCGCAGUUGGACGUCACUCGCCUCUACUGGAGUGACGCCGAACGCGGCAAAAUAGAGACGAGCCUCACUGACGGCAGUGACAGAAGGGUUCUGGUGUCGGAUGUGUCGGGGUGUACAGGAGUGGGCGUGUGGGGCGGGCGCGUGUACUGGGCACAGCGCGCCUCGCACGCCUACACGCUGCUCGCCGCCAGCGCCGCUACGGGCCAGCAGCGUCAAGUUGUUAUGAGUGGCCUGAACGUCACGGAUCUGGUAUUUUCAAUUGCCGAACCGUACGACGUGAUUGCGGCGGCCGUUCAAAACACGCCUGUAAGUUCCUGCCUGCCUGACACUGGCGUCAACUGCUCCCACCUUUGCCUGCCGCCGCCGCUGGUUCCUUACAAACGACCGCGACGCAACGAUCGUCAUUCUUUCAUACAAGAUGACAAUGAUAAGACAAUGCAGUCGUCGAGCUUAUCAGAGAAAAGUCUGCGGUUCUCUGAAGAUAUGAGGAAUGGAAGAUAUGAAUUGUCGUCCGAUAAUGUCAGUAGUUCUUCAGACAAUCUGAUCUGGCCGACUAUACCUCGAGUUUCAAAGCUGAAGCGAAGCAUACCGGCCUCCCUGCAGUCUCGGUCCAUGACGGCUUUCGAAAUUCCCGAGAUGAAAGACCCAGCGCCUAGUCCUUGUUUCUGCCCUACGCAUUACACGUUUGAUGCUAACCGCAACUCUUGUCUGCCCCCGACCUCGUUCUUGAUAUUCGGCCAGAGCGGCAGCAUCAGCAGGUUGCUGGACGUGCCUCCUUCUCAGUCGGACGUCUCAGUGCCGACGUCUCAGUCGGACGAGUGUCCUACGGUGCAGUUAGCACUGCGCGGGGUGCGCAGCGUUGGUGCAGUGGCUUACGACUCGACCACCGAUACCGUCUACUGGCUUGAUUCCAGGAAUAAGAAGAUUUUGGCUUCUCAGGAGUACGUCAACAAGAAACAAGUUGUAGUUGACAACCCUGGUGCUACCGCUCACCCAUACUCCAUAUCGCUUGACCACGUCACCGGUCUGCUCUUCUAUUCCUGCGCCAAGCAGGACGUUAUCAACGUCACGCGCCAGAGCAUUACCAAAGACAGACAUUUCCUGUAUUCGGUCCUUGGUACAGUGGUGGGACUUGCAGACGACAAGCCACGUUCUAUUGCGGUGCACUCAUCCCUCCGUCGUCUGUUCUUCGUGAACAUGGCUCGAUCAGCCCACAUAGAGACGUGUCGACUGGACGGAUCAUUGCGCUCAAUAAUCGUCACGGACGGACUCAAUGAACCUACUGCCCUUGCGGUUGACGAGUCGCUUCCUGUUCGAGGUAGCCCACUGCCCAGACUCUUCUGGUACGAUGUCAGGCCAAACAGGGUGGAGAGCGUCGAAAUGGAUGGCAGCAAUAGACGCGUCUUGGUAUCUGGCGACCUUGAGCGCGUGGUUGCGAUCUCAGUUCUCGGUGAAUGGCUGUACUGGGUGGACGAAGGAGCUAACGCCAUCCGCAGGGGCUUGAAGACGCGUCCCAACGCCACUGCCAACACAGUGUUGGGCAGACUCAGUCAGCUCGUGGACAUAACCUCAAUAGACACCCAUCAGACGUCACGGCAUCACCCGUGCUUGAGCAACAGCGGCAACCAGUGUAGUCAGCUGUGCCUGAUGGCGAGCGAGGAUGACAGGGCAGGAGGAGUCUCUGAUGACCGCUUUCGCUCAAAUUUCGACAGUUCGGCCUCAACUUCUUGGCGACCGCCUGUGGAUACACAACAACCCAUGCGCCGGUUUUCAAGUCGGGAUGCUCAAAUUGAUCCAUCUUCACACACGGCUGAUGCACGAGUUUCGGAUCAGCAACAAGCGCUCCGUGGAGCAAGCAAAUCGCGGCUACUGUUGCAGCACUCAGACGAUGUUUACGAUCCGUACGCUGCUGCCUCUACUGGCACACUUGGAGAAGACCUAACCAAACGAAUACCUUACGAUUCUUUAAAAAAUAAUCUCGAUAUCACAUCUGGCAGAAUGCAUUAUGCUGGAAGCCUAAAUGGUAUGAGCCAGCCAGGCGGUUAUACUCCAAGCCUUUCGUUGGUCCCAGGUCAUUCAGCUCACAGCUCAUCACGAGUCCCUCUGGGCUCGUGUGGCUGUGUGCACGGCGAGGCCGUUGACGACAGUGGUUGGCACUGCCAGCCUUGUAGCCGCGAACAUUUCCCCUGCACUAACUUGAAUCUUACUUGUGUGCCACUUCGUUACAGGUGUGACAACGCAUCUCAUUGCGAAAACGGAUGGGAUGAGUUACAGUGCAGCUCGUGUUUAGGUCUCGGGUGCGCCUCUCCUCCGCAGUUCACCGAUCGGUUCACGCCCCCGGGGACGACUAAUAAGACGGCACCGAUCGUGUGGGUCAUCGUGUGCAUUGUCGUCCUCCUCUGCCUGGCCGCGUUCUUCGUUUAUUAUAGACGUCGGCCGCCUAUAGAAGACGCGCUAAUGUUGGCGUCUGCAUCCGGCAAUUUGAAAGGACAGCCACAAAUACAGCUGGGGAGCAACCAGGGCAGGAAGGGUUCUCGUUAUCUGACGGGGUGCGUGGGCAGCUGUGGCUUGGGCAGCAGCAGCAGCUGUCAGCAGCGUCUAUUGCCCGACAGCAGCAGCGGGUGCCUGAAUAGCAGUUGUGGCAGCGCUGCGUGUGCUGCACAUCUCAACGGUGGAGCCUGCCGAGGUGCGCAGCCUCUUGGAGCGUGCGAGAUGUUCUCCCUCACGCCUGCUGUUGGGGGAUCUCACUUCUCAUCAUCGUCGUCUUCCACGUCGCACUACCCCAAAGAGACGCUCAACCCCCCACCCACCCCCACGACACGCACGCCCGCGGUGCCUUACUGUCACGGCAGUUGCUACCAUCCCUUGCAGCAGAGCUCGUCCUCGAACUUGUCGUCCAUGGGGCAUCGCGGUGGUCAUCCCGUCGUGCUACCACUGGCCGCUGAACAUUCAUAUCGACACUACAAGACCAGAAACCGACCACCGCCACCCACCCCUUGCUCCACUGACGUGUGUGACGAUUCUGAUCUCAAUUCCACGACCAUCUUUACUUCCACCCCAUGUUACUCGUCCGACACCAACACCAAUGACCAGCACCGCAGCCAUCACUACCACACGCACCACCACCACCAUCCCAACUCCCCCAACACUCAGUAUUGCUCCUUCUCAUCCUUGCCUCACACUGAGUAUUACUGGGACUCUGAACCUGAUCCCCCACCACCAACCCCGCUAGCAACCAGCGACCGAGGCAGUCCUGCUACCAGACUCUUGGAUCCUUCCGAGCCUCUCCGUAGACCUGCAAUCCAGCCCGACACUGAGCUCCUAUUACUAGGGCCUCUGUCUGCCGUCCGUACUGACAGACGUUACUGUCCACCACCACCGUCUCCUGUUGCUUCUGACUGACGCCGCCUUGCUUCCAGUCCUGACAUCUCUCGUCUCUUUUUAAUUCAGUUUCAUCACGGUACAAAUUGAUAAAUAUUGUUAUUUCUUGCCAAUCAUGAGGUUAUGAAGAAUUUUGCUGGUUUGAGCUAUGCUUGCAAAUAGUCAUUUUAAGAGCCACAUAUGGUUUUUGCUCUGAUAACUGCACAAAUUUACCAAAUAAUUGAUCUAAUCAUUAUGAUAAAAAACUCUAAUGUUUCAAGACAUAUUUUGUCCCCUUCGGGCUGCUUACUGCAUAUUAUUUCAUUAAUUUAUUUUAAUUGCUAAAUUCAAUUUAUAACUCUCUCGAGCGCUGGACACCAACAAUAAGCGAUACAAUAACUACACUGGCCUGUCGUUCUCCUGGUCACGUGUAGUACUGUUGAACAUUUCUCGUGAUGAUGGAAAGUACGAUCUUGCCUUUAAAACGUGCUCAGUUUUUUAGUCAAAGUAAUUCUACAAUGAAACUAAUAUUUUUGUGAAAUUUCUUGAUUAUUUAACACUCUUAAUAGGCUACAUGUCACAAAUUGCUUGCUUGCCAUGCAUUUCAUGUGCUAGUGGAUGAACGAUGUGCUCUUUCUCAUCGAGUCUUCAUAGUGCGGGAGCUGAACGAAGCAAGCAGAAUUGAAAUGCAUUUUAUUAUUAUUAAACGGGGGCAUUGUUGGUGUUUAGUGUAAGUUUUUUGGGCCUCGUGGUCCUUUGAUCUCACAGCAAGAAACGAACGAAAACUUGAGCUAUCAUUGUAAUAUUUUUCAUGUUUUAACCCUGUUAACCCUCGACUAUAUGAUUGUUCUCAUGUUGUUCGCAACGAUUUAUUCUCUUCACUCGUGCACAAUUCUGCUGUAACUAGAAGUCUUUUUCAGUUUAGAGUGGUUACGUUCACAAACUUGUUAGCAGGUGUGGUCGGUUGAAAGGUAGUCCUCAUUGGUAUUGUUCUCUGCUAGGAUCUGAUGUACAAUUCUCGACAUAACAAGUGUACAAGUCAAUGAUGUCAUGGUGUGGUUUUGGGCGUAUACAGACCCGAUGGCUGAGGGCACCUAGUGAUCAUAGGAGCCUCACAUAUUGCAAAGAAGGAAAAAUCGUCACUUUCGGCAGCUAUUACAGGUUUUUUUUCCGGUGAUCUUAAAAUAAAGGAUUUCACGACCUACACUAGAAAACCAUAGUUUAUUCUAGAACAAACACGUCAGAGCCCUCCAAGGGAGAAUGGUCUCAAUUUCCGCACUUUAAUUGUCGUCUCGAGUUUUGCUCAUCAAAUUUCCUUCUCGUGCGUUUAACUUCAGAAAUUGUGUGACUUGACUGAUUUUCAAAGAUUAACAGACGAAGAUUGGCAUCUUCUUCCGUCUCUUUGAUUGCGCCUUGACAUAGAAUGACUUCAGCUGACGAUUGAUUUGAUCUCUUGCCACAUGGCAGUGCUUGUAUUAAAACGAAUACUGUUGCACGUCAAACCCUGACUAUUCUUUGAUAAUCAUGUCAUUGCCUCAAUAAAAAUAUCCUGAUUAAGCCGAAACGCUAUAAGUGAAUAUCUUAGCAGAAUGUCACAUUAAACUAUUGCUAUAGACUAUUGGCUAGAAUUUUUAUUUAGUAUCUUUUUUCGCGAUGUUCUUCAAAAUUUAGACGCAGAAGUUGCGUAUUUAGCCUAAAUAGAGUAAUUAUUUUAAUGAUCGUGCCUUCUAGAGCCGUGCCAUUUUCAAUUAUUCAGGUAUACCAUUCGCUACCUCAUUUUCCGACUAUUAGAUAAUUUGAGUAAUAAUAAUUUAGUUCAAUCUGUCCAAAGUUAACCCUGUGUCUUCUGAUGGUAGAUUGUUUAACCCUCCUGUAGUCUUCGGGUCAAAAUGAUUCGCAUUUCCAACCCUAUGUCAAGAAGGCAUAGAGCGUAUACUGGAAAUGAAGACAACGGAAGGGUUAACGAGCUUUUUCAUCUAUCCGUAGACAAAAGGUUUAAUAAGGGAGAAUUAUGUUUAUUUCUAUAAUGUUUAUAGUAUUUCUAUCUCUCAAAAUAUGUUCGCUACAUUUAAUAAUACCAAAGGCUCCAUCUGUAUAAAUAUAGUACAUAUUUAUUGUCAA